AUGCCAAAUAUACUUAAUGUAUUAUAUGCUAUAAUUAAUUCAUCAAAUUUAUUCACGGCAGAAGAAGCAGAAGCAACUCAGCAAGGUACUACUGGAGAUAAUAGUACACGUAAUGAAAUAUUCCUAGGGAAAUUUAGAGAAAAGAAUUAUGAGGUUGAACAACAAGAACAUCACCAAGCCUUGUCUUUAGGCUUCAUGUGA